GUCGAGACCCCCGGGCCCCCAGCGCCGCCUCCGGAGGAGCGGAUCUCCGGACCCCAUGCCAGCAGCGACAGGUUGGCAAUCCUAGAAGACUAUGCGGACCCGUUUGAUGUUCAGGAGACUGCUGAAGGCUCAGGAGGAACUUCAAUGGCUCCAGAGAAAGUCCCUGAAAAUGAUGGCUACAUGGAGCCCUAUGAAGCCCAGAAGAUGAUGGCUGAAAUACGGGGUUCUAAGGAGACUGCAGCGCAACCCCUCCCUCUCUAUGACACACCCUAUGAACCAGAGGAUGAGGGAGCCAGCCCAGAAGGUGAGGGGACUCCCUGGCCCAGGGAGUCCCGCCUGCCUGAGGAUGACGAGAGGCCUCCAGAAGAGUAUGACCAGCCGUGGGAGUGGAAGAAGGAACGGAUCUCCAAAGCCUUCGCUGCCCAAUUUGAAGGAUCGGAGAAGAACUGCCUGUCACCUGGCCGGGAGGAGAAGGGACGGCUACCUCCCCGGCUUUCUGCUGGGAACCCCAAGUCAGCCAAGCCCCUGGGCAUGGAACCUAGCAGCCCCCUGGGGGAGUGGACAGAUCCAGCACUGCCUCUGGAAAACCAGGUCUGGUACCACGGGGCCAUCAGCCGAACAGACGCCGAGAACCUGCUCCGGCUAUGCAAAGAGGCCAGCUACCUGGUGCGCAACAGUGAGACCAGCAAGAACGACUUCUCUCUCUCCCUCAAGAGCAGUCAGGGCUUCAUGCACAUGAAGCUGUCCCGGACCAAGGAACACAAGUAUGUGUUGGGCCAGAACAGCCCACCCUUCAGCAGCGUCCCUGAAAUCGUGCAUCACUAUGCCAGCCGCAAGCUGCCCAUAAAGGGGGCGGAGCACAUGUCCCUGCUCUACCCUGUGGCCAUCCGGACUCUGUAGCUGUGAGGCCAGGGCACUAUGAUAGACCUGGAUCCAGCUUUGUCACCUGCCGGAGGGCUGUGGUUCUUACCAAGGACGUGAUGUCACAAACCUGGCUUCCCCUUGUCCUAGGAUCUAGUAGGCGCUGAAGAUUCCUUAAUUUAUUACAAAGGGGAAGGAAUCCUGGGCCUUGGAGUAAAGGGGCUGUGUGGGGCUGGGAACAGAGGGAAGCUUGAGGAGGAAGGAGGCUCCCGCCCCUGUCAGACACUAGGGAGGAAGUGGCGACCUCCCGCACCACCACCCUCUGCCCCCUCCCCUCUCUCCUUCCCCCAAGCCCCUGUCCCCAGAGGGCCCGCCGGGGCUCCGGGCCAGAGGCUCCCCCGGGCGCGGCCGCCGGCGCCGCCCAGAGGCUGACGGGAGGGGCGGGAGCGAGCGAGCGCAGACUGUUUAUAAAUCGAGCUGACGCCGGCCGCCUGCGAAAAGCA